AUGCAGUUCAAGACCAUCUUCGCCACUGUUGCCGCUCUCGCCGCCGUUGCCUCGGCCAUGCCUACUGGCGAGCACAACUUCAACGGCCAAUGCUCCACUGGUCAGGCUCAGUGCUGUUCGCAGGUCAAGCAAGGCAAGCAGGCCCAGGACGCGCUUGCCGGUCUCGGUCUUGCCUUCAACGAGCUCCUCGACGGCGCUAUCGGCCUCGACUGCCAGCAGAUCCCCAUCGCUGGUGUCGGCGCCUCGCUCGCCCUGCAGAACACGUGCAAGAGCCAGCCCGUCUGCUGCCAGGGCACCGCCAACAACGGUCUUGUCCAGACCUCGUGCACUCCCAUCUCGCUCAACUGA